UUCAUUUUGAGAGCUGACAAGCAGCGUAUAUCUCAACUCGACUCGUUUCAUUUGGGGCGCGAAUGUGAGAAUGUAAAUAUAAAUAAAGAAAAUUUUCUGUGUUGAUCAUGUCAAGUGAGAUAACUCAAAGAGUAUUCCUUAUACCUACAUCAAAUAAUCAGCAGUACAGUGUUGUAAAACUAAAGCAUCCACGUACUAAUAGUCCAACUUUGUGUGCAAUUGACUCAAGCCAUAAAUUAUAUGAAAUUGUACACUAUGCUGAGGAAUUUUCAUCUUGGCUGGUUGAUGACUCUGUUAUUGAAGAUGGAAGUUUAUUUCUAAUGAACAUUGCAGAUCCUUUAUUUUACAUUCUCCCAUAUGUAAAUAAGGAUGGAAAAUAUUGUUUAUUAGAAGACCUUCUUGUUGAUGAAAAUUACUCUGAUGUUCAUCUUCUUGUCAAAUGCUGUUCUGAAGCAGAGUUGACUAAUGUUUUUGAUUUCAAAGAAUCUUCUGGAUAUAAAGUAUUUUGUUACAAUAAAACAAAAACAUUACACUGGUUGCAAAAGAAAGUUCAGUAUUUAGUAAACACCUUGAAAAGUAAGAACAUUGACAUUGCAGAUGGUGCGAAGGCAGCCUCUUUGCAAACAAAUAUAGAAAAUGAAGAUCCAAAAAUACUUACUAAGUAUUCUUGUGAUCUAAUUUCUGAAUAUCUGUCAGAAGAUUUGUAUGAUGAAUUGCUUCAAUGCUUAGGAAUAGAGAAAGAACUAAUGAAAAAGCAAAAUGGAACACCUGUAAAAUCUAAAAAACAAAAUACUGCAGUUGAUCCUGUUGAUGAUUAUAGCAAAAAAUAUGAUCUUUCAAAAUCUCAAGAUAAACAGCAAAGCAAAUUAACUCCAGCUCAGAAAAGGUUACAAAAAGGCGAUAAAACAGGGAUGAGAAGUAUUUCAUCAUUUUUUCAGAGGAAGUAAUGUUUGUUCUGUAGAUUUUACUUAAUAAAUUUUUAAAAAACUCA